CUUCCGUCUGUCCGUAGCACUCCAGAAACAGUGAGUGUGCUGUUACCGGCACUCAGCUCAAACCUGCCGCCGGGAAUGAUCUUGUUAUUCUCCUCAAGCCACAGUUAGACCUGCGGUGAGAGAUUUAUUGGAAGAAAAGCCGACAGCUGGAAAGAAGCCACGACUGAGAACGAGGGAACAGCGACAAGUGAACCAGCCCGAGGACUGAGAGUACCAACUGAAGAGAAAAAGAGUUUUCAUUGAUUCAGUCAGGAGAAAGUCUGAGCCUCACCAGCAGGUGGAGCUGUCCUGCAGAGCGACCAAAGUGUGAACAAGACGACGACAAUCAACAAUCGUCAGUCAGAAUCAGAAUGGACAAAGAGCCAGAGUUUACAAUCUCCGACCUCCUGGCAGAGGGGGAGGAAUAUCGACUGUACCAACUGACAAAGUUCUACAGGGACAGACUCAAACAAGCAAUUGAAGAAAAGGUUGAGAGACUCGGUUUGAUGUUGACAAAGGAGGGACAUUUCAGUAGAGAAGAAAAUGAGAAAGUCACUGAGCUGACAGAGAAGGGAAACCGGGCAGAGAGUUCCAGACUCUUCCUCAGUCUGGUGAAUGGCAAAGGCUCCCGGGCCCGGAGGGCGAUGUGGGAAUCCUUCCUGAUGUGGAGGACUGAGUUACCGAAGUUGGACAGAAUACUGAGGGAAAUACAGGAGCUCGGUCCUGAUCCACAGGAAUACAUGAACAUCGCCCAAGGUUUAUCGGAAUUACCCACUCAGCUGAUAGAUGUCCAACAGAAACACAAGGAGACUCUGCGGACACGAACUGAAACACUGAGAGUGAACACGAUCCUGAUGACGGAGAAGGUGAAGGUUUUCCAGCUGGCUGAUCGAUACGCUGAGCUCACGGUCAUUUCUACUGUUCGAGAUCGGACACUGGUGGAACAUGAGCUGCUGGCAAGAGGCAGAGACCAUGAGCAUUAUAGAGAGAAACAACUCCGCAGACAGCUGGAAAAAAUCCAGACUGAUCAGUUAUUCCAGAGCAGCUUUUCCCGGAGUGAAUCCAAGUCUGGGAGUUCAGCAGCAGUGGCCGGAGUCCCGGGGAUCGGGAAAACAACGAUG